GCCCCAGAAGCUUCGCCGCCUUUAUGCGGCGGAGGGAGACGAAGACGACACCGACGACGAGGGGGAAUCCGAUCAAGAUCUUCCUUCAGGCCCAAAGAAAGGUUCCAGCAAGCAGCGCGGGGACAGCCCAGACCUCCGAAAGGUUCUGGUCAAGGGCCUUGCUUCGGGGCAAUCGGCGAACGACCUCCUGCCGGCGAUGAUGAUGGCCCUCCUUCUCGACAAGGAUCGCAGCCGAGGGCGCAAGAAGAGUCGCGAGGAUGCGGACGAGCUCGGUAUCCUUGGUGGCUCCGACUCCGACGAUUCGGGCAUCGAGGGCGCCUCCAAGUCCAAAGGCAUGCGGGCUGUGGCGAGCUUAAACAAACUCCACAAGCAGAUCCAAACGAGGCCGCGCCGAAUCUGCGAGCUCUUCGAGAAGGAGGUGAUCGAGGACCUAGGAAUAGUCCGGGGGCAGGCCUGGACAGUGAAGGACUUCGUUCGCAAGCAGCAUUGGGGCAAGUUCAAGGGGAUCUUCAGGUGUGCGAUGAUGGACGUGGCCGUCUACGAGUACUUAAGGAACAAUCAGCCGGAGAUCGCCGCGGCCCAGGUGGUGCAGAACUUGAAGGCGAAGAUGCAGAGCGUAUUGGCCGGGGGCGACUGGUCAGCAGCUUGGCUCCUCACUGGCUUGCCCGAUCCGAUUGCCAGGCGGGAGUUUGUGGGCAGCAAGGAGGAGAUGGCUGUGGUUUCGGGCUACGUGGAAGCACUUGCGAAACUCCAGAAGAGGGUCAAGGACGUGCGUGCCAAGCCGGGCGAUGCGGUGCAACAUCCCAUCCUGGCUUCGAGGACUUUGAAUUCAAGCUUUUAUGAAUAUUUUAUGUGGUUUGAGGGCGUCCAAGGUCAUAGGCUGGAGCGGUCCGGCACCGGUGUCCCGCUUUUUCCAUGCAUGCUGCCCUAUCCGGAAGCCGUGGUCGCUGAAGGUGAGACGAUGGAGGAAGGCCAGGUGUGUGAUUGGUGGUCCAAAGCUUUCGUGAAUACGUUUAUGGCUUGGGGCAACUUUGUCACCCUUGGCUGUCCUCGUCCCGGGGGCAGUGCGUAUGAGCCGCGAGUGGGCUAUCUGAGCAUGGAGGGCAUUCGGGCCCGUGCUGACAAGCUCCUUGGCGAGGUACGUGAAUUCGCUUGUUUGGAUCUGGUUUUAGGUCGGCUUUCUUGUGAUGGCAAGAAGGGGGCGAUAGACGCUUUGAUCUCGAAGGUCCAGUGUACAGUGGGUGCAAGUUAUUUCAAGCAAUUUGGACAGGUUGAUGGUGGUGUGGUGGGUAGUGCCUUGCCGGUCUCGGCCGCGCGGGUGGCCAUCCCGAAGAAGGCGGGCACAGUGGAUCCUUGUGAGUGGUUGGACCCCGAUAAGGCCCAUGCAUUGCAUCAUCUCGAAGAGUACCACCUGCUGGAGCAUUUGUGGUCCGAUGUUGUGCGAGCAUGCCAUCGCGUGCCCCAGGAGGAGGAAGCUUCUUUGGCACGCCGGCUCCUCGAGGCAGACAUGGCGGUUCUUGUUCCAGAGCGGGAGCUUCCUCGGAAUCGAGCGGGCGAGUUGAUGCCAGGAGGGUUGUUCUGUGUAGCCAAAAACCAGACGGAGGUGGGCACGUUUGCCAGCGGGGUCAUGCUUCUGCCGGAUGUUGCUUCGGAGUACAAUGCCGUGGGCCGCCAGGUGGAUCGUGCCGUUGUUGCUGAGUUUGGCGGUGACCCCAAAGUACCUUAUCGCUUGUGCUUCCGGGUGCUGGGCAUGGGUGACCUUAACGCGUGCGAUGUGGCCCAGGCUGUUCAUGAAGCAGUGCUGCGCAAGCGCGGUGUCCUGGACCCAGCCCACACCUUGCACUACGGUGAGCACGUUUCAGACAGUGAUUUGUGGGAGGGCGCGUAUUUAGAUGACCUGCUGAUUGCCCAGAAGAUCACCCUGCCCUAUAACAUCCCCCUAGAUGGCAGCUUCGAGCCCCCCGCCGCCCAGGUCAGCGACAAGGACUUCGAGCAGGUGGUCGCGGCCGAGGGCGCGUACAAGGCCGCGGGUUUGGAGAGAGCCGUGCGCAAAGCGUUUCGCUUUGAACCUCGGUUUCGUGCCUGGGGCGCGGAGGUGGACGGGAUCCAAGGGCGUGUGAGCUCCCCGCUCGACGUGCGUCGCCAAGUGUGGAUGAUCCUGAUGAAGAUUGUGACGGGCGGAUGGUGUUCGCGUGAGGUGCUCCAAAAGACUAUCGGCUACCUCGCCUUCGUGUUCCAGUACCGCCGGGAGUUUUAUAGCUUGCAACAUCAUGUGUACCGCUACCUUGAACGAAUGCCGGCAGGGAAGUGGGUGCCAUUGCCAGGUUACAUCCUCGACGAGUUGCGCAGCUGUUCAUUGCAUUUGCCUUUUGCGAGGUGGGAUAUGCGGCGGGCGAUUCAUUCCAGUCUGCUAGCAACCGAUGCCACCCCGAGCUCAGGUGGAGCUGUCGAGGCUCCGAUUACCGAAGAGUUGGCGCGGGCCUUGUGGAAGCACGCUGAACUCAAGGGUGAGGCCGCUCGUCUAGAUGACCCAGGUGCUUUGCAGUGGCUGGCUCCUCGAGCCGAGGAGGCUUCACGGUUUGCGAGCUCGGUGGCCUUGUGUCUCCCGUGGCGAGUUGUGAGCAGUUACCAUUUUCGGGAAACCAGCCAUAUCAAUCUUCAAGAGGCCCGGGCCUUGCGCAAAGAGCUUAUCCGACUGGCCGCGGACCCAGCCAACUAUAACACGGUGAUCCUCGCCUUGAAUGACUCUAGGGUUGUGAUCGGCUCCUUUGUCAAAGGUGGCUUCUACGACUUGGGGUACCUGCCCGGGGCGGUGCGGCACCAGGCGAAAGGGUUGGAAAUGAGGGAGCCCAUCGGGCUGAGCUGGGGCAAUGAUGCCUUUGAUGAGCGUGUGACCAAGCUGUUCACCGAGGGCACUUUGUGUUGGGCUUGGAUGGCGCCACCGCGCCGUCGUCCGCGAAAAUGCAUGCUGGGAUCGGGCUUUGGAACUAUAGCUAACAUUGCCAUCCUCCAGGGGGCGUUCUUCGUGAUCGAGCACUCGAAGAGGAGCGUCGCUUGGAAAUUGCCCGGGACUCAGCAGCUAAUCUCCACCGAGGGCAUGAAACUCUUGCAAAUCGAUUGGGAUGCCUAUGACGAGGGCGGGGUUGAUUCACAGGGCAUGCGAAAGCCGUCACGGGUGUUGACAAAUGCUCCUUGGCUCGAGGGAAUGUUGCAACAGCACCCGGGUGGCCUCCAACAUGCACCGCGGCGGGCAGCUCCCAUGAGAAAAGGUGGUGGUGAUGCGGCGUACCCUGAAGCGUUCUGCCGUGUCUUUGCAGAUGCGCUGGUCAGUUGGGCAAAAGCGGGUGCCUCUGAGGAUCGGCACAGCCUUCGUGAGUCCUCAACGUGGCUUUUGAACAAAGCGAGGGAGUUGGGGGCUACGGUGACGCGGCGCACUCCGGCUCGCACACUAGAUCGAGUGUUGGCAGCGACAGUGGAGCAUUGCUAUCAGGAGGGCGAGCGUCUUUACAAGGUCACUCUAGGAGUCUUGGGGUUGCAAAGGACACUACGAAUUGCGGGUCCUCUGGCCGCUAUCAAGGGGUGGCAGUCCCUUCAACCCGUGAAAUCAAGGGUGCCCAUUUCUAAAUAUGUGCUCGAGUGCCUGCUGGUGACCUUGAUGGCGCGAGCGCUGGGUGAGACGGGGCGAGACCGCGAGAGGUAUCUGGCGGCAAUGCUUUCUUCUUGGGUGUGCUUUGAAGCACUGCUCAGACCGGGCGAGGCAGCGGGUUUGUUAGUGGGCGAUGUUUGCCUACCUGAUCCAGGAUCAUUACGCGGUGGCGGAGCUACACAUUUGUUCCGGGUCACUGAGAAUAUCGCUCUUUUACAGUUCGCUGGACGCUGGGCCAGGCAAGAGACGGUUAAGUCCUACUUGCAAGAAGGCUUGGCUUUGCAAGUGGCCUGCUCUGCUAGUGAAGCCGCUAGGGGCAAGUUGGCUGAAGCGCAUGCCGAGUGGCCCCACCACUACACCUUCGGUGGGAUGGAUCGCGGGGCCAGCCAAGACAACCUGGCCGCGCUGCUAGAGGCAGCUCACUCGGCGGCAGCGCAGCUGGGCGACGAGCCGUUGGACGCCGGCCUCACAGCGGCAGAAGUUCUUCAAGACCCGUCUGCCUGCGCGACUGCCGCGCGCUGGAAGGCCGGCUCGGUGGCAGGCGGGUGGAGAACGUGGCUGGUUUUGGUACUGGUCCUGCUCUUCCCUCGCGUGGUGGCUUUGCUCAUAGCCUUGGUGGUGCGGCUGUGCGUCCGUGGACUCUCUAUAGUGCUGUGGCUUUCGGAGUUGCUCCUCGGCAGCCACAGUCCGCCGCAGCCGCCGUUGAUUUUGACAGACGGAGCACCGCCGCCAGCGCCACCGCCAGCAACAGGAAGCCUGACAACUGCCCUCCCUGCCCGACCCUUUGACUUCGUGACGCUCGUGCUCCUCGUUUGGAACCUGUACCGUAACCGGCUAAAGUUCUUCUUUACGGGCAUGCUUGUGUAUGCCCGGGACGGCCGGACGGCAGAGCUGGCCGCUUCUGCCAUCAUCGGCUUGUCCUCUUUGUCAACGACUAGUUUUCUCUUCAGUUCCGGUUGA